CAGUAGCGUUGAUGUUUAUAUUUGUGGCGGUAAUGCGCACUUAAAAGUUGUUUGCCAACCGCCAUUAAAAGACAAAAGAAGAAGAUGUUUAUAUUAUAGUCAUCCUUUAAAAGAGCUGCGGGCGAAAUCCAUUUAAAUUAAUAAAGGCUAUUAGUCUCUUAUGAAUUUAUAGAAGUUAAAUAAUAACCAUCGGAAUGUAGCAGUAACAGACAUGUAACGUUAACGUUAGUUUCAAAGUUAUACUUAUUGAUAUAAGCUUUGUUGUGUUUACCCAGUAAACAAUGAUAGGAGUGGAGGCUGGACUCUACAUCGGAUCUUUGUCUGAUGUGAAGGAUCCUCAGAGCCUGACAGACGCCGGUGUAACACACAUACUCAGCAUCGACUCAGAGGAACCUGCAGUGUCUGGAUUCCACACGAAAUUUGUCCGAGCUCUGGAUGAUGCGUCCACAGAUCUCCUGAGCAGACUGGAUGACUGUGUCAGCUUUAUAUGUGAUGCUCUCAGCACACAAGAUGAGUCCAAAUCACCAGCAGUUCUUGUGCAUUGCCAUGUUGGACAAAGUAGAAGUGCGGCAGUGGUGACUGCUUACCUGAUGAAAACACAACACCUGAAUCUACAUGAUGCAUAUUCUAAACUCCAAAACUUGAAACCAGACGUUAAAAUGAAUGAAGAAUUUCUGGACCAGCUGGCAAUCUAUGAAUUAAUGGACUGUAAAGUAGAUACCACAAAUCCCUUAUACAAACAGUUUAGAUUGAAGAAAAUUACAGAGAAAUAUCCAGAGCUCCAAAAUGUGCCAAAAGAAGUCUUCGCUGUUGACCCUGCACAAACCCAGAAUGCAGAAGCUGUAUACAGAUGUAGAAAGUGCAGACGCACACUUUUCCGUCACUCCAGCAUUCUCAGUCACUGUGUGGGAGAAGGAGCCUCUUCGUUCUCUCAUAAGAAGACGAGGAUAGUGAGCAUUACAGCUGAAGAUCAGAGACAGUGCACUUCCUUCUUUAUAGAGCCAGUGCAAUGGAUGGAGCAGGCCUUACUUGGUGUUAUGGAUGGACAGCUAUUGUGUCCCAAGUGCAGCUCAAAGCUGGGCUCGUUCAACUGGUACGGUGAACAGUGUUCGUGUGGGCGCUGGGUGACACCGGCCUUCCAGAUGCACAAGAACCGAGUGGAUGAAAUCAAACACAUCAGUAUAUCUGCACUCAAAUGACCAACAAAUAAACAUAUGUAUUGUAUGCUCUGAA